AUGACAAAUUCAGUCGGUUUCCAGGCUGUCCAUACGCUCUUCUUCAAUUUCUAUAGCAUGUAUGGAAUAUACGGGAUCCUUCUCGCCGUGGUUGCUCUGUAUAGCGUGGCCCUUGUUAUCUAUCGCCUGUACCUGCACCCGUUAGCCCGAUUCCCCGGGCCCAAAAUUGCUGCUGCCACCGGGUGGUAUGAGUUCUACCACGAUGUCAUCAGAGGUGGAAUGUAUAUUCACGAGAUUCAGAAAAUGCACAGAGAAUAUGGCGCCAUGGGUAUGACUAUGGGACACGAAUUGCACCGUCGCCGCCGCAAGUACUUCGAUCCAUUCUUCUCGCGUCUUGGCGUCACGCAGAUUGAGGGGGUGAUAGUGGAUGAAAUCCAGUUACUCACAGAUCGACUCGAAGAAUACCGUAAAUCAGGCCAGACUAUCCAGAUGGAACAUGUUAUGGCUGCGUUCACUGGUGACAUUGUGACAAAGAUUUGCUCGGAGAAGUCCCCUGAAAUGAUCCGGCACCCGGAUUUCGGCAAGCAAUGGUAUGUCACGAUUCACACCUACCAACACCAGGUGCACCUUUUCAUGCAACUUCCUUAUUUGAUCUCCCUCACGCAGCUAAUCCCGCGAGGACUCGUGAUGCGCUUUUCUCCGGGAGCCGCGGCGUUCAAGAGCUUGCAUCAGUACGCGUUCGACCACAUCACUGGGGCGAAAAAGGACAUGGUUCGUGCCGAAAAGGUUCAACAAGAGGCCGGUCGAAGCUCCGUAUUCCGCCACGUGCUCUCCAGCGAUAUGCCCGAGUCGGAGCGCGAGACCGAACGGCUUGCCCGCGAGGCCUUGCAGCUGUUCGGCGCUGGCACAGCCACGUUAGUCCGCGCCUUCAGCAUGAUUUUCUAUCACGUCCUGUCCAACCCGCAGAUGCGAGAGCGGCUCCGAGAGGAGCUGAAGGAAAUCAUGGCGGAGUAUCCUGCGAAGAGACCCACUUGGCAGGAAUUGGAGCGGUUGCCGUACUUGCACGGGACCGUGAAAGAGGGCUUGAGACUGAGUUAUGGGGUCAUGCGUCAUCUCGCCCGCGUCUCGCCCGAUCAGGCGCUGCAGUAUAGGGAGUGGACGAUCCCCGCCGGCACCCCAGUGGGAAUGUCCUCGCAUAGUCUCCACUCCGACCCAGAGACAUUCCCUGAGCCGUCCAGGUUCCUCCCCGAGCGUUGGAUGAAGGACAAACAUCACCCCAACAUGAAUCGGAACUGGGUUCCCUUCGCUCGGGGUUCGAGGAUGUGUAUUGGCAUGAAUCUUGCCUUGGCUGAAAUGUACUGGGUGUUGGCUGUUUUGUUUCGCCCGGGGGCGCCGGAGCUGGAGCUUUUCGAAACUGUCGAGGCAGAUGUGGUUCCGGUGCGAGACUACGUGGGAGGGGUUCCGGAGUUCGGGACUAAGGGGGUGAGGGUUGGUGCCCUCAGCUCCGAACUCGCAGUCAUGACCGACGACUAUGAGGUCGAAAGUGACCUCGGUUGUAACGUGGAGAAAAGGGCAGAAGAGGUCCAUCAACUGGCCAGGCAGUUCACCGAGCAGAGUACUUUUUCUACUACCGGACAGAACCCCUUUGCUGCCGAGGCAGGAUCAGCCCUCGAUCCCAACGGUAAAAAUUUCAAUGCCUUAUCAUGGUGUAAGGCCAUGCUACGUGUUCACACCCAGGAUGAACAGGCACAUCCACUGCGAACUCUUGGAAUCGCCUUUAAAAAUCUCAAUGUGCACGGGUUUGGUUCCGACACAGAUUACCAGAAAAGCGUUGGCAAUGUCUGGUUAGAAGCGCUGGGUCUGGCAAAAAAAGCGCUCGGUACUCAGAGACAGCGCAGAAUACAGAUCUUACAGAGCCUGGAGGGCGCCGUGGAGGCUGGCGAGAUGCUGGUGGUUCUUGGUCCUCCUGGCUCGGGAUGCUCGACCUUCUUGAAGACCAUCGCUGGGGAGACGUAUGGAUUCCAUGUUGAUAAAGAAUCUAGUAUCAAUUAUCAAGGUGUGAGCGCAAAGCAGAUGGCCCACGAAUUCCGAGGGGAAGCCAUCUAUGCCGCCGAGGUCGAUAUCCACUUCCCGAAGCUCACCGUCGGAGAUACCCUUUAUUUUGCGGCGCGCGCCCGGGCACCACGGCACAUUCCUGGCGGGGUGGAUGUGGCCCAGUAUGCCAGCCACAAGCGAGACGUGAUAAUGGCCAUGCUUGGUAUUGGCCACACCAAGAACACGAUCGUCGGAAACGACUUCAUUCGUGGUGUAUCGGGUGGUGAGCGCAAGCGAGUCAGUAUUGCCGAAGCUUGCCUCAGCAGUGCUCCCCUGCAAUGUUGGGAUAACUCCACCCGUGGCCUUGACAGCGCAAAUGCCAUUGAGUUUUGCAAGGCGCUGCGUAUGCAGGCAGAUAUCAACGGCGCCACUGCCUGUGUCUCGCUAUAUCAAGCCCCUCAAGCUGCCUACAACUAUUUCGACAAGGUGCUGGUAUUAUACGAGGGUCGCCAGAUUUACUUCGGUCGGACAGACACCGCGAAGCAGUACUUUAUUGAUAUGGGCUUUACCUGCCCCGAGCGACAAACCGAUGCAGACUUCUUAACAUCUAUGACUAGUCACCUCGAACGUGUCGUGCAGCCAGGUUACGAAGGCCGCGUGCCUCGAACACCUGAUGAAUUCGCUGCACGAUGGCAGGCUUCACCACAGCGAGCACGGCUUCUGAAAGACAUCGAAAACUAUAAUACAAAGUUCAUGCUGAAUGGAGAGUUCCUGAGCAAAUUUAAACAUUCUCGCCGAGCUCAACAAGCCCGGGUCCAGCGCGUAUCCUCACCCUACACUCUAUCCUAUGCAGAACAGGUGAACCUGUGCCUAUGGCGCGGAUACCAACGCUUGAAAUCUGAUCCCAGUGUUACUAUAUCGUCGUUGAUUGGAAAUGUCAUUACCGCUCUUGUGAUUGCCAGUAUCUUCUACAACCUCAAGCCCAACACCAGCACCUUCUUUCAGCGCGGUGCCCUUCUAUUCUUUGCUUGUCUCAUCAAUGCCCUUGGUUGCGGCCUGGAAAUGCUGACUUUAUAUGCGCAACGAGGAAUCGUAGAGAAGCACUCGCGAUAUGCUCUCUACCACCCAUCUGCCGAAGCAAUUUCAUCAAUGAUUAUGGACUUGCCGUACAAAGUCCUCAACGCUAUCCUAUCGAAUACAGUUCUCUACUUCAUGACCAACUUGAGGCGAGAACCUGGGGCUUUCUUUUUCUUUAUCUUUACUUCGUUCAUCCUGACGCUGACGAUGUCGAUGUUUUUCCGGUCUAUGGCAUCGUUGACGAGAUCUCUUGUUCAAGCUUUGCCCUUUUGCGCGGUUGUUCUUCUCGGUCUCUACUCUUAUACUGGGUUUGCGAUCCCGACAGGGUAUAUGCUUGGGUGGGCGCGUUGGAUUGCCUAUCUCAAUCCUAUCAACUAUGGCUUUGAGUCCCUCCUGAUCAAUGAGUUCCACAACCGUGACUUUCAGUGCAUAGCAUAUGUCCCAUCGGGUCCUAGCUAUAUGGAUCUUCAAUCUAGGAACCAUGUGUGCUCUACCGUUGGAUCGAAACCCGGCCAAGCAUUUGUGAAUGGCGAUGCCUACAUCCAAUCAGCAUUCGACUACAACGUCUCGCACAAAUGGAGAAAUAUUGGGAUCAUAUUCGCCUUCAUGCUCGUUCUUGGGGCCAUCUAUCUGGUCGCCACUGACUUUAUCACUGAAAAGAAAUCCAAGGGCGAGAUACUAGUGUUUCCCCGCGGGCAUGUGGCACUCAAGAGCGGCAAGCCUGAUGAUUUUGAAGGGGGCAGUGACCGCAGUGCUUUUCAAGAGAAGUCUACGUCCGACCCUGAUGACCUUAUGAUGAUCGAACGCCAAACUGCAAUCUUCCAGUGGAAGGAUGUUUGUUUCGACAUCAAGAUUGGGAAGGAGAAUCGCAGGAUCCUUGACCACGUUGACGGAUGGGUCAAACCAGGAACCUUAACCGCUCUGAUGGGGGUCUCUGGUGCUGGAAAGACUACACUCCUGGAUGUUCUAGCUACACGUACCACUUUAGGCGUGAUCAGUGGUGAAAUGCUUGUCGAUGGUAAACCGCGGGAUGAAUCCUUCCAACGCAAGACCGGCUAUGCCCAGCAACAAGAUCUGCAUUUGAGCACUGCCACAGUGCGCGAGGCACUUGAGUUUUCAGCUCUUCUCCGUCAACCUGCUCAUGUUCCUAGCCGAGAAAAGAUCAAUUAUGUGACCGAUGUCAUCAAACUUCUUGAUAUGGCAGACUAUGCUGACGCUGUUAUCGGCGUCCCCGGAGAAGGCCUUAAUGUUGAACAACGGAAACGUCUCACAAUCGGGGUAGAGCUUGCGGCGAGACCGGCCCUGCUUCUUUUCUUGGAUGAGCCAACAUCGGGGCUCGACUCCCAGACAUCCUGGGCUAUCCUCGAUCUCCUCAAUAAACUGAGGAAGAACGGCCAAGCGAUUUUGUGUACCAUCCAUCAACCGUCUGCUAUGCUUUUCCAGCGUUUUGACCGUCUCCUCUUUCUUCAAGCCGGCGGCCAAACCGUAUACUUUGGAGACAUUGGCCAGAACUCGCAUAUUCUAAUUGAUUAUUUCGUGCGUAACGGUGGCCCUCCCUGUCCCCCAGCAGCGAAUCCUGCUGAAUGGAUGCUUGAUGUGAUCGGUGCCGCUCCUGGUUCUCACACGGACAUCGAUUGGUUCGAGACAUGGCGGAAUUCCCCAGAAUACGCACAAGUUCAAGCGCACCUCACCUCCCUCAAGCUCGAACGCUCCCAGCAAAGCCCACUAGCCCGCGUCAGCUCCGGCACAGAGCACGAGGACCGAGCCAGCUAUCGCGAAUUUGCUGCUCCUUUCUGUGCCCAGCUCCGCGAAGUGCAAACCCGAGUCUUCCAGCAAUUCUGGCGCUCCCCCAUCUACAUCUACUCCAAGGCGAUUCUCUGUGUCUUGCCUGCUCUAUUCGUUGGCUUCUCUCUCUUCAAUACCCCCAACACAAUACAGGGCCUGCAGAACCAAAUGUUCAGUAUCUUCCUGUUACUCAUCCAGUUUGGGCAACUCAUCCAACAGAUCAUGCCGCAUUUCGUCACCCAGCGGGCAUUAUACGAAGUCCGCGAGCGGCCGUCGAAGACCUACUCCUGGAAAGUUUUCAUGCUCAGCAACAUCGGCGUCGAACUUUUCUGGAACUCAGUCAUGUCCAUCCUCAUGUUUCUGUGUUGGUACUACCCCAUCGGGAUGUAUCGCAACGCCGAACCCAACACAGUACACCUGCGAGGCGCACAGAUGUGGCUGCUGAUCUGGACUUUCCUGCUUUUCUCGUCUACCUUUGCGCAUUUCAUGAUCGCCGCGCUCGACGCCGCGGAAAACGCCGGCAACCUGGGUAGUUUUCUGCUGUUGCUCUGCCUGCUCUUCUGCGGGGUGCUCGCGACCCCAGCCCAGCUGCCCGGGUUUUGGAUCUUCAUGUACCGCGUCUCCCCAUUCACGUAUCUGGUUAGCGGGAUGCUGUCGGUGGGGAUCGCGGACACGACCGUCACCUGCGCCGACAACGAGUAUCUGAGUUUCGACCCAGUCAAUACGACCUGCGGCCAGUACAUGGCGCCGUACAUCGCUCAGGUGGGCGGAUAUUUGCAAGAAGAGACCGCAACGGCGGACUGCCGCUUUUGCCCGGUCGCGGACACGAAUACUUAUCUGCGCGCGAUGGGGGCGAGCUAUGCGGAUGUCUGGAGGAACUUCGCGCUCAUGUGGGUAUUCAUCUUGACGAAUAUUUUCGCCGCGUGUCUCUUGUACUGGUGGGCGAGGGUGCCGAGAGUUAAGAAGCCGGUUAUGGCUCCUCAGGCCUAG